CUCUCUCUCUCUCUCUCUCACUUGCUCCAAUGGCGUCCGUCAUCCCCGAUAACCUAACCAGAGACCAGUACGUGUACCUGGCCAAGCUCGCCGAGCAGGCCGAGCGCUACGAGGAGAUGGUCCAGUUCAUGGAGAAGCUCGUCGUCGGGUCAACCCCGGCGUCGGAGCUCACCGUCGAGGAGCGCAACCUCCUCUCCGUGGCCUACAAGAACGUGAUCGGGUCGCUCCGGGCGGCGUGGCGGAUCGUGUCGUCGAUCGAGCAGAAGGAGGAGGGCCGCAAGAACGAGGAGCACGUGGUGCUCGUCAAGGAGUACAGAUCCAAGGUCGAGGCCGAGCUCUCUGAGGUCUGCGCUAGCAUCCUCAAGAUUCUCGACUCCAAUCUCGUGCCGUCGGCGUCGAGCAGCGAGUCGAGGGUGUUCUAUUUGAAGAUGAAGGGGGACUACCACCGCUACUUGGCGGAGUUCAAGUCGGCUGAGGAGAGGAAGGCUGCUGCUGAGGACACCAUGCUCUCGUACAAGGCUGCUCAGGACGUGGCGGCUGCGGAUCUGGCACCAACUCACCCCAUUCGAUUGGGUCUGGCUCUGAACUUCUCGGUGUUCUACUAUGAGAUUCUCAAUCAGUCUGAUAAAGCUUGCAGCAUGGCCAAACAGGCAUUUGAGGAAGCUAUUGCUGAGCUAGACACUUUGGGAGAAGAAUCCUACAAGGACAGCACUCUCAUCAUGCAACUUUUGAGGGACAACCUGACUCUUUGGACCUCAGAUGUGACGGACGGGUUAGACGAACCAUAGAUAGCUGGAAGGGUCGUAUGCUUCCUGAUGGAGGAGUUGGGUGUUGAAUGUCAUUUACUUUAUUUGAAUCAGCUGAUUGGAAGCGUGUUGAUCUGUAUAUUGGCCAGAACCGAAACUGAACUUGUUAUUGAAUUGUUUAGAAAGAGUGACGCUAGCAGCAACCAGCUGUCUUCUUUCAGCAGUUAUAAAUUUGGGUUUGGCUUUA